AUGGGCAACACCAGCUGCGCUUGCUUUGCGCAAGUUGAGGAGGCUCCUGUGGAGUACUUGCCUGACCUGGCAAAGGACUUGCAGGAGUCUGACAUCGUAGCUCUGGCGCCCAUCGCUGAGGACGUGGCGGAGGCAAACGCCAUGAAAAGCGUAGAGGAGCUGCCCACGCUCCUGAAGCUCUUCAAUGACCAGCGCGACCUCAAUAUCGAUGAGAUCAAGGCGCCGCUGGCACCUGCGAAGCCUGCGAAUCCUGAGAAGCAACUUGCAAGGGCACAAACCGACAGCCUGGGUGAGCAGCGACCGGGCUUCCGCCGGAGCAUGACGUCGCCGGAGAACUGGGCAAAGGGCGAGGCGCGGCUACGAAGUGGGGUGAGGAAAGCUGCUGGCAGUGUGAUGAAUGCCAUCUCGGCGUCAAGAAAUUCUCAGAUGCUGUGUGCGAGUUUCGGAACCUCAGCUGCAGCUACAAAGGAUGACAAUGCUGACCCGCGCAAGUGGGCAAUUCCCGAUGGGGCAGAGGAACGACAAGCUUCGCUGGUGCAUUCUUUGGACAGGGGUGUCUUCGUUUCUGGACACCUGGAUGCAGGAGUACAGCUCACUAAACACGACAGACAGGCAUUCCUGGGCGAUUUGACUUGUACACAUGCCGAGACGCGGCACACGUCCAAAGCUGCACCGGCCAAAGCACAACCACUGCUUCGUCGCUUCGACCCUGGGUCCAAGAGCGUCGAGUCCCCGACCUCGUCGCCACCAUCGUUUUCAAACUCUUCCUGGUCCGAGGUUUCUUCCCCACUGCUGUCGCCACUCCCUUCUCCGGCCGAGUCCCGUGCGCCUUCGCCCCGGAAGCGGCUGCUCUCAGGCGAUGAUGCGACGUCUUCCGCAAGCUUCAGCACUGCCGACACGAUUUGUAAGGUCGAGGUGGAGCUCGUAGAGGAGCCGUCUGCACCCGUGCUUGGGUGGGCGAAAGUGUCAUCACCCUGCGCUUGGAUGGAGGUUGACCUAGACAAUGAGCUCGCGCGAGCGAAGGACCACAACAACUGGUGGGCAAAGCUGUCGGGCGAGUUUCGGCAAGCCACUUCAUGCGUUCGAGCGGAGCGGCGCCGCACCCUCGAGCGCCACGAAGCGGUUGCUGCCAUGUGGCGAGAGCUGAGCGUGGACAACGAGGUGUUGCACACCAUCCUCGGAUACGGGACUGAACGAGCAACUAUGGUGAUUGUCCACCAGACAGCGCCAACAUUUCACGGACUGCGCCACUUCACUUUCUCGAAAGAUCGCUGUCAUCUCUUGCUGGCGCAAGGCUCGAAGGCCAUUGCGUACCUUCACAAGAACGGUGUGACCCACGGACAUCUUUGCCCAGAAAGCUUUCUGAUGGACGAGACGAGCUUAGAGCCUCGUGUGAGACUGGCAUGGACCCCCGGCCAACGCCGGAAUGAAGGGCAUGCCCCUGCCACUUUUGGUUUCAAAGGUCCCGGUGAGGACGCCACUCCCCCCAGCGACAUUUGGUCCUUCGGCUGUGUGGUGCUGGUGUGGUUUGCGAACUUCAAGCCGGCGCCCCAUCCUUGGUUUCAGUUCGCCAAGAGCCACCGGUUGAAGGAGGCUAUCCAGACCGCUCUGGCACAGAAUCCGCCUGAGCUUCCCAAAGCUUACUUCGAUCUCCACCUGGCGGCGUCGGAAGCAGAAGAGGGUGACACACAUCUCGCCCUGGCGGUGCAGAUGUGUACGAGGUGCUUGGAACAUGACCCGCUCGAGCGGGCUGGAAGCAUCCACUGCUGGACAGGAGUGUGCAGAUUUGGGUCGGUGAAGCGGCCAGUGCUCAUUCCAGGAGAGCGGCGGUUCGAAGAGGGCUGCCGUGGCUCCAAAGGACGGAGAUCGGACCUACCUUGUGUCUUAAACGCACAGGGCGGCCGCGCUGCAUGCGUUUUCCAUGUUUCGGGCAACGUUCCUGGGCAAAGGUCCCGCUUUAUGCCGUUGGCCGCACUGCGCUCGUUUCAGGUUACCAAGAGAGCGUUGGACAUAGGUGUCGUGUCCUUGGGCUGGCAGGUUUGGCACUUGCAAGCCUUGGUCAAGCAUGGUGUUUGCUUGUUUAUGCCAGAUAAGUGUGGUGUGAAGGGCAAGGUUUCAAUUCCCAUUCGCACUUGA